AUGAAGAACUUCUUUGGUAGCGGCAAGAAGCCAACUUCCUCAUCCACUCCGUCUUCCUCUGCAAGGAAGUCCGCCACUUUUGAAGAGCGCGACCGGGACCACGAAUCUGACCCUCCUCCCGCCUACUCCGAGCCUUCAUCGCCCGCACGAGAGAAGUCGCCUUCAAAAUCUUCAAAGAGAAUAUCUCGCCCCGCCUCCUUCGCCGAGUCAACAAAGACCUCACGUUCGUCCAGAUUGUCGAGGCAAUCUACCGACCCAGGCCACGCUCACUCCUCUUCCUCUCGUCGACCCAAGUACGAGCCUGAUACGCACCCUCUUAACCUCCCCCCCGAAGAGCGCAAGCGAUUAUCCGCUCUCGCCGCAGCCAUGAACGGUAACUCAAUGGACGUCGACAGCGAGCCUGUCAACGGCGCCCGCUCUCCUACUCCUCCCAACCCCAAAUCCAAUGCUCAGGCCAACUUCUCCGUUCCUAUUCCCAACGGCUCCAGUCAUGAUGACGGUGCCCCUCCGCCUCCACCUCACAAGUCCAACCCUGGAAGCCCAACGAUUACACCUGAGGAGGAUGCUGAAGCCUACAAGGCUGCGGGCAACCGAUUCUUCAAGGAGAAGAAUUAUUACAAGGCUGUUGAACAGUAUAGCAAAGCUGUCGACCUGUUUCCCUUCUCCGCUACUUAUCUAGGCAACCGAGCUGCCGCUUAUAUGUCUAACGGCCAAUAUGAGCAUGCUCUUGACGACUGCUCCAGGGCCGCCGACUAUGAACCUCAGAAUGCCAAGAUUCUCCUGCGCUUGGCCCGUAUCUACACUGGUCUGGGCCGACCAGAUGAGGCCAUGACAACAUUCAACCGCAUUGACCCUCCACCAUCUGCUAAAGACAUGGCGCCGGCCAAGGAAAUGUUGCACCACAUUCAGUCCGCCCGUGAUAUUCUUCAAAAGGGAUCCGGGUCUGGUAUGUCCAUGGUUCUUCAUGCCCUUGACCUGGCUGAGCGUGGCCUCGGUCCUCGUGUGAACAAGCCCCGCAAGUGGCAACUCAUGCGUGGAGAGGCUUACCUGUUGAUGGGACGUGAGAACUCCCUAGGAGAGGCGCAAAACAUUGCUAUGAAUCUUCUCCGAAACAACAACCAGGACCCUGAGGCUCUUGUCCUCCGUGGACGUGUUCUUUACAACCAAGGCGAGAACGAAAAGGCUAUUCAAUGCUUCCGUAUGGCCAUCAACUGUGAUCCCGAUUUCCGCGAUGCCGUCAAGUGGCUCAGGAUCGUCCAGAGACUUGAUCGCAUGAAGGAAGAGGGCAACGCCGAUUUCAAGGCCGGUCGUCUGCAGCCAGCUAUCGAGAAGUACACCAGCGCUUUGGACAUCGACCCCUCCAACAAGGGCAUGAACUCUAAGCUGUUGCAGAACCGAGCCCAAUGCAAGAUCAAGCUCAAGCAGUACGAUGAUGCCAUUGCCGACUGUGAGAGGGCUAUCAGCCUUGACCCUGGUUACACAAAGGCCCGCAAGACCAAGGCCAAUGCUUUGGGUGGUGCUGAGAGGUGGGAAGAUGCUGUUAAGGAGUGGAAGGCGAUCCAGGAGCUUGAACCAGAGGACCGUAACAUUGCGCGAGAGAUCCGCAAGGCAGAGCUGGAGCUCAAGAAAGCUCAACGAAAGGACUAUUAUAAGAUUGUGGGCGUCGAGAAGACGGCCACAGGUGACGAGAUCAAAAAGGCAUACCGCAAGAUGGCUGUCAAGCUCCACCCUGACAAGAACCCUGGCGACUCACAUGCCGAGGAGAAGUUCAAGGACUUGCAGGAGGCUUACGAGACUCUGAGCGACCCUCAGAAGCGUGCUGCCUAUGAUAACGGCGAUGAUCUUAUGGACCCAAACGACAUGUUCGGCGGCGGAGGUAUGGGAGGAGGCAUGGGCGGUAUUGACCCUGAAAUUCUCUUUAGCAUGAUGGGCCAGCAAGGUUUCGGUGGCGGCGGUGGCGGUUUCCGAUCAGCCGGAGGCUUCCCUGGCGGCGGUGGCGGCGGAGGUGCUCACUUCAACUUUGGUGGUGAUCCCCGACAACAGCGUGGAGGAUACCCCGGCG